AUGCUGGCGCUAUGUGUUUUCAUAGCGAUCAUCUGUGCAGCUUCGGCUAUCGUCUACAAUAUCGGUAAGGAACUUUCCCUGAUUUUUAGCCCUAUGAAGUACAAAAAGCCUUCGAUUUCAAAAUUCCAUGUUCCAUGCUACAACUCCCUAAAAGGGACGACGGCUGCGAAAGGUUCAUUGGCUUAUGAGAAUAUUCGCUACGGAGUUGAGAGGUGGAAUAACGACAAUUUCGCAUACACCGAAAUCACUCUUCACAUUGUCGCCACAGAUCUCUAUUAUGCUAGCUUCGAAGAGCUAAUGUGUGAUGUUAUGCAACACAGUGUCGUAGCCGUCCUCAUUCCACCAUCUGACGAUCUUCUUGACGAAUCACUGAUCAAAUCGAUGUGCCAUCACUUCCAGGUUCCCUGCAUCUCAAUGAAAAUGGGCAAUCCACAAGAGUUUGUAUCUGAUUAUGUGACGAGCGUUGGUCCACGGCGGGGUUCUGGAGCUCAAGCUACCAGUGAAUUCUUGGAGAACCUUCGAUGGACAUCAUUUCUGCUCGCUUAUCAGUUUGAUACAGAUCUCGAGGAGUUGGCACCCCUGAUUUAUGAUCGACGUUCUUCGCACAAUGGCGGCGUGCGAGCUUCCGUCAAGGUUCGAAAAUUGCCGAAUAAUACUGAUGACUACGAGCCAUUUCUGAAAUACGUCCGAAAUCGUCUUCGUCAAACAAACAUCGUGAGUUAG